AUGAAAUACGAAAAUAUUAUAAUUCCAAAAGAAAAUAAAGCACAAAUAGUAGAAAUUAGAUAUUUAGAAAAGCAAGAAACUUCUCGGUCAAGUAAGUUUUUGAGGUCAGUUUUACCUACUACCUACUGCAUGCCUGAUGAUGGUGUGGGAGUUGAAGUUAAGGCGGGUUCUAAUAGCACAGGUGCGAAAGUUAAGGUUGGUGUGAAUAUGGCAAGUGUCAAAGCGGGAGCAGUCGAAACCAAGUUUAGACCAAAUGUCGAUACAGGAGCAUCAGCAGGAACUGAUGGCUUAGAAGUUAAAGCCGCAGGAUUUGGAGUUAGUGUUGGUAGGAAAACCGGAAUAAGUACCCCACUUGGAGAACUUUCGGUUGACUCUGAUGAUUGUGUGGUGCAAUAG